CUGCACAGAGUAAAUAUGGCUAACGCUGUGGCUUCCUAUGACCAGCUGGCCCACCAGGUGGAGGCGCUCCGCAAGGAGAACUCCCACCUGAGGAGGGAGCUGGAGGACAACUCCAACCACCUGUCCAAACUGGAGACCGAGACGACCGGCAUGAAGGAGGUGCUGAAACAGCUGCAGAGUAAACUGGAGCAGGAGGCAGGAACUCUGGCCUCGUCCGGGCGCAGCGACGUGCUGCACCAACUCAAAGAGCUCCACAUGGACCUCACAAACUACUACGAACUCAAACACCAACCUCACAACCUGCGCCUGCUAACAGGCAGCCUCGGGGGGAUGGGGCCAGCGGGGAUCGGAGGGGCGGAGCUAGAUGAUCGCUUGGCUCUGCCCUGCUCCUCCUCUUCGGUGGCAGCGGUGAGCAGAGCGAGGAGCCCACUCAGAGCUUCAUCCCGUCUAAGCGUGUGUCCUGGAGGUGAGGCUGCCGACGUCAUGCUGUCGCCUCACUUCCUGGACGGAGCCCCACCCAAAACAGCUGUGAUCAGUGGGGCGGAUGGACGACAGAGUGACCACCAUCUAGAGGAGCUGUACAAGGAGAGGAACCUUCUGCUGGGUGAGAUCGACCGGGAGGAGAGGGAGCGCUGUUGGUACUUCAGCCAGCUGGAGGCGCUGUCACAGAGACUUGCUCAGCUUCCUCGCAUAGACACAUUCUCUCUGCAGAUGGACCUGAUCCGACAGCAGCUGGAGUUUGAAGCUCAGCAGGUUCAGUCUGUGAUGGAGGAGCGCUUCGGCACCAGUGAUGAGGUAGUGCAGAGGACGCAGAUGCGUGUUGCUCGUCUGGAGCAUCUGGAGAAAGAGCUGCAUGAGGCCCGAGGCAGUCAGGAGAGCCAGCUACAGCUGUCCGGAGCAGAGAAGCCCCCUGCUGGAGAGCCGGAAAACAACACAUCGUCAUCUGCUGCAGCAGGAACAGACGCUCCUGCAGAUGGAGGCAGCAAGGUGGAGAUGGUGUUCUGGCUACUCUCUAUGCUUGCUAACAAGGACAAGGAGGAGAUGUCUCGCACCCUUCUGGCUCUGUCCAGCUCUCAGGACAGCUGCAUUGCCAUGAGGAAGUCAGGCUGCGUCCCCCUGCUGGUUCAGAUCCUGCAUGAGGCUCCGGUUGGCACCAGCGGACCUGGAGAGACAGCAGCCAGUGGUCCAGCGACGGGCUGCAGCAGAGAGGCCAAAUCCAGAGCCAGUGCCGCCCUCCACAACAUCAUUUACUCACAGCAGGACGAGGGACAGGCCCGCAGGGAGAUGAGGGUACUGCACAUGCUCGAGCAGGUCCGGACUUACUGUGACAGUGGCUGGGACUGGAUCGAGAGCCAUGCAGGGACUCCUUCACCCGGAGGAACUAGAACUACUGACAUCCCUGAACCCGUGGACCCUCAGAUCUGUCAGGCCAUGUGCGCCGUCAUGAAGCUUUCCUUUGAAGAGGAGUACCGACGUGCCAUGAAUGAAUUAGGUGGUCUGCAGGUGGUGGCUGAUCUGAUCCACUUGGAGCAGGACAUGUACGGCAUGCAAAACGACCCCAUCAACAUGGCGCUGCGCCGCUACUCAGGGAUGGCGAUGACUAAUCUUACCUUUGGAGAUGUUGUCAACAAGGCCACCCUGUGUUCAAAGAAGAGCUGCCUCCAGGCUCUGGUAGCCCAGCUGGCCUCAGACAAUGAGGAGCUCCACCAAGUGGUCUCCAGCAUCCUGAGGAAUCUGUCCUGGAGAGCUGACAUUAACAGCAAGAGAGUCCUCCGAGACAUCGGUUGUGUGUCUGCGCUGAUGACCUGCGCCCUGCAGGCCACCAAGGAGUCAACCUUAAAGAGUCUCCUGAGCGCUCUGUGGAACCUGUCCGCUCACAGCAUCGACAACAAGGUGGCAAUCUGUUCAGUGGACGGAGCUCUGGGCUUCCUGGUCAGCACACUCACAUACCGAUGUCAGACCAACUCGCUCGCCAUUAUUGAGAGCGGCGGAGGAAUCCUUAGGAAUGUGUCCAGUCUGGUUGCCACACGAGAAGACUACAGGCAAAUCCUCAGGGACCACAAUUGCCUCCACACUCUGCUUCAACAUCUGCGCUCCCACAGCCUGACCAUUGUGAGCAACGCCUGUGGGACUCUCUGGAACCUUUCUGCCAGAAGUUCAAGAGACCAGGAGCUACUGUGGGACCUAGGGGCAGUCAGCAUGCUGCGUAACCUGAUCCAUUCCAAGCACAAGAUGAUAGCCAUGGGCAGCGCUGCAGCUCUGAGGAACCUCCUCACCAAUCGACCCCUGAAAUAUAAGGAUGCUGCAGUUGUAUCCCCUGGCUCCUGCAUGCCUUCACUAUACAUGAGAAAACAGAAGGCCCUGGAGGCAGAGCUGGACGCAAAACACCUGGCAGAGACUUUUGACACCCUUGAGAAACAGAGCCCUAAGCACCUGGCCCUCAACAGGCCGCUAAGGCACAUUGAAAGUCUUGCAAAGGAUUACGCAUCUGAUUCUGGUUGUUUUGAUGAUGACGAGGCCCCCAACGUCUCCAGUAGCCUGGACACUGGCAGCUUCUCUAUGCUGUCCAUGUUCCUAACCAACUCUAACUUCCAGCAAAACCAACCACGAAAGAGGGACAGUGAACCAGAAAGGGACAUUGACCCUCCACAGAUGGCAGAGAAGAGACAUGCACCUACUGAUGACGUGGUAUCUGCCGCUGCAGAGAAGCUAGCGAAAAAGAUCACUAACACAGUAGCAAAGAUUGACAGGUUAGUGGAGGACAUCACCAUGCACACAUCCUCAGAGGACAGUUUCAGCCUCAGCUCUGAAGACCACCUGGCAGACUGGCCUUACGGGAUGGACGAACUCAAUGAAGCUCGGGCAAAAUCAUGCUCUCCCUGCCGUCUGUCGGAUACAAGCAGCUUGACCCACAGAGAACGCCUCAAUAGAGCUCAUGCUCUUUUGCGCCUCAAAACUGCACAUACAAGUGUAUCAACUGACAGUCUCAACAGUGGAAGCACCAGUGAUGGCUACUGCGGCAGCAAAGACCAAGUGCGACCUGCUCCAAGAGCUCUCAUGAUGCAACAGCGACCUAACCAACUUGAUCUAAAGGUGGCCCAUCAAGAUUACUUUAAUGUAGGACCUGCUGUCCCCAACAAGACUAACCAUCAAGAUAUUCCUGAGAGAGAUUCUGUGGACAACAAAGAUGUGACAGCAUUAGAGCUCAGCAGCACAGAUCCAGAGAAAAAUCAGGAUCAGACUGCACAUACACCUGUCAGUGUGUCUACAAAAGUCUCCUCUGAUGUCAGCAUGACUUCAAUUAAACUCUCACCAACUUAUCAACAAGUCCCGCUUAUACAGAGUGUGGCCAAGUUUGGUGUAGCAAAGACAACCAUCAAUGUUCAGGCUGCACAAGCAAUGAGGAGGCAAGCAUGGGUACCGACUGUGAUGACUGGAGGGAGUAUUACAAAGUUUUCUCCAAUGACGUCCACCAGGAGCCCGACCAUUGGGACGAUGGAGACAGUUCAGAAAUACUCUGUGGAGAACACGCCCAUUUGCUUCUCCCGCUGCAGCUCACUCUCCUCACUGUCUUCUGGGGACGGAGCACUGGAUGGGCAGAGUGAAAAUGAGUUGGAGAGUGACUCCUCAUUAGAAAUAAUUGAAGUGGAAGAUGAAGAGGUAGUGAAAAGAGUUGAAGAGGAUGAAACCUUGGAGGAUCUGAGUGACAGCCAGCUACUGAUGACCGACUCCAAAACAUUCCCCAGCAAAGAAACCGACCCAAUUGAGAUCCCUUGUCCUUCCAAAAGGGAAAAGGUGUUCCUCAGGGGAGCUUCACCAGCUGUACUUGAAGACAGAUCUCCAUCCAGUUCAUCUGAAAACUACAUCCAUGAGACACCCCUGGUAAUGAGUCGCUGUAGCUCAGUGAGUUCACUGGGCAGCUUUGAGUCUCCCUCUAUUGCCAGCUCGAUCCAAAGUGAUCCAUGCAGCGAGAUGAUUGAUGGAACAAUAAGUCCCAGUGAUCUUCCUGACAGCCCGGGGCAAACAAUGCCUCCUAGCCGAAGUAAAACUCCAUGCUGCGUUGAGUCAAACGGACCAGAAACACAGACCACAGUGACAGCAGGCCAGUGGGAAAGUAGCCUGCGAAAGUUCAUGGAGAUCGCAGACUCCAAGGAGAGGUUCAACCUUCCGCCUGACCUGGACACCAUGAUCUACUUUACUGUGGAAAAGCCGACUGAAAAUUUCUCUUGUGCUUCGAGCUUAAGCGCUCUGCCUCUUCAUGAACACUACAUUCAGAAAGAUGUGGAGCUGAAACUGACCCCCCUGCUCCAGCAGAAUGACAAAAACCUUCAUUUCCCUGAUGAGGACGAACAAGGACUGGAACACGGGGAGAGAUACAGUGAAGGGAACUCGGAUGAUGACAUAGAAAUCUUAAAGGAAUGCAUCAACUCAGCAAUGCCCUCCAAGUUCAGGAAAGUAAGACCUUCUCUGAUGACUACCAUCCCUUCUCAUAUCCUCAGCUCUCAGAUCCGGAAACCCAUACAUCUCCCAGUGUAUAGGAUUCUCCCCAAUGGCAAAACCCAAGUGUGUACUGGAAGGAGAAUUGUUAUCCCACAGAUGGACCAUAAAUUUGAUGAUUCAUCCUUCACUGACUCAGCAGAAGGUACUCCUGUCAACUUCUCCAGCACAACAUCACUGAGUGAUGAAACACUUCAGUACCCAGUGAAGGAGAGGGGGGCCAAAGACUGCACCGCCAGAGGCAUUAACAAACAGGAGUCUCUCACUGAUGAGGCAAAGAGGAUCGAGGACUUGAGGAUUUUCUCACACUUUCACAAACCCAACAGGAUGAAUUACCCUCCCGAGAUACAAGUGAACCGAACAACCAAACAUGUUGUUCCCACUCAGAGGGUGCUGAUGCAGAGCAAAGAGGUAGCUGACAGAGUGGCCAGCCAAAGAAAUCGUGAUCAGUCUCCUAAUCAACGAAAGAAGACGCAAGGUCAAGGUCAAAAUAGGAAGCUGGAGCUGCCUGUCAUAAAGCAACACACAGACAGUAACCUUAAUGUGGGAUCACAAAAAGGAAAGGCUCUCUAUCGCCAAAUGACACGCUCUUCAGAGGACAGCAUUGGCUUCUACAAUGAUAAUGAGACAGAGGAAGCAGUGAAACGAACAAGUAGAAAACAGAUCAGGGAAGCCAGCAGGAAUAAUCUCUCAAGGAGCAUGACAAAUAUUGGCAGGAUUGAUAAUUCCCAGGGAAAGACUCGAGGGUUUCAAAGGAUAAAACAGAACCUGAUAAACGACGAGUCCCUGGCAUGUUACUCCCUCAGCUCUUCUCUUAGUUCACUUAGUGAUGCAGAGUUUGAGGAUCAGAAAUCAAAAGCCCAGCAAAUAUGGUACAAGAACCGGCACAACAAGACACUCAACAUGGUGCAACAUGCAAAGCCUCUGACCAUUCACAGCCAAUACGAAGAGCCCAGCUCGCCAAGCUCUGUCAGCAUGGAUUCAGAGGACGACCUCCUUCAGAAAUGUAUUACAUCUGCCAUGCCCAAGCAGAGAAGGAAGCUUGCUGCUCGAAAGAAGAAAGCAGAAAACAACCAAAAGCAGAAGCAAAAGGCAUUGGAAGUGUGGAACAUGGAUGAGGAAAUGGAUAGUGACGAUACAGCAUGGGAUAAAGAUUCAGAUCUCAACAGUGUUGAAUGGAGAGCAAUACAGGAAGGUGCUAACUGUGUUGUCACUGGGCUGCAAGCAUCAAAGUCUCAAGAUCCAUCCUCUGAAGAGACUGAAUCAGUCCUGUCAUUUAUGUCAACAUCCAGCUUUACACCCAAAGAAAGGAAGUUUGCUAAAGACAAGAAGCCUAACAAACCUCUAGACUUCACUCAACGCAAGCCAGUUCAAAAUCUACCUGUGGUUUUCAGGGGCAGGACAGUGAUCUAUACACCGAAAAAAGAGACUGCUCCAUCACAAAGACCUCCUCCCAGAAAAGUACCAACCAAGACUGAUGCUCCAAAGAACCCAAACCUCGCUCAGCACAGAUCCAAGAGCCUUCACCGAUUAGGCCAUCCCCAGGACAUUGAACUGUCUUUGCCAAAGAGGAGCUCAACACCACCUCCAAGGAUACCAAAAAGUUCAUCCUCUGGAUCAUCGCAAAGCUCUACGACAUCCAAACCAUCCCAGAAGAAGAUAACAUCCCCUACUCAGACCAACAGAACAAACCAGAAAAGGAAUGCCUCACCAGCUACGAGCCCACCAGCCAGUAGCCCUCCUGAAAGAAAGGGACGCUCACCUGUGGUGAAUCAAAAUGAGAAAUCCCCACCACCCAAGACUCAAAAGUCCCCUGUCAGAAUCCCUUUUAUGCAAACUUCAGUAAGGCCCAGACCACUGUCACCUCUGGUAACAAACCAAGUAACCAACAGGCCGAACAAUCAGGUUAACGGGAAAAGAGUGCCACCCGCCAACCGAUUUGAAAUGGUCAGGAUGACCUCUGUCCACUCAAGUGGCGGUGAGACUGAUCGUAAUGGAUUCCUCAGACAGCUAACUUUCAUCAAGGAAUCAAAAACAGUGCGGAGACGUGAUGGCUCUCCACGCAACAUGCCUGGGUCACAGAAUGGAUCCCCCCACAGAACAGCUCCUGGAGCCACAGCUGUCUUCCUUUGCUCAUCACGCUGUCAGGAACUCAAGGCAGCUGUGCAAACCCAGAGAAGGGUGCAAGUAAAUAGUCCAGGACAAAGACAGCAAGUCCAGAGGCCAGACAGUGGCCUCCAGAAGCAGACCACAGCUCUCUCGAGAGCAACCUCCAGUGAAAGGGACCUGUCUGCACGACGCCCAGGCAGGAGAACGAGCUCAGAGAGCCCCUGCAGGGUGGCUCAGCGAAAUGGGCCUAGCAGAGUGUCUGGAGCCAGGCAGAGACAAGACACAGAUACCUUUAAACGCCACGCCUCAUCACCAAGUAUUAACAUACUGAGCAGAGUGACCAGCCGCUCUUCCCUCCGCUCUUCAUCAUCUGAUUCGAGUGGUCGUGCAAAGAGCGAGGAUGAAACAAAGAAGAAGGGGCAGAGAUCUGCAUCUCGGCUUAAUGACAGAGUCACUUGGAGGAGGAUCAGGGAUGAAGAUGUACCUCAGAUCUUGAAAAGCACUCUGCCAGCCAAUGCAUUACCUCUGGUGCCUUCUCCUGAUGGAGAAAAGCCAAAGCCACCAGCUCUUCCAGGAAAACUGCCAACCAUUCUACUUGCUUCUCGCAAAACAAGUGAUGCUACAGUCCAGACAGAAGAUUUUUCAAACAAGACCAACUCAAGCACCUCUCCAACAGUUGACGCCACUCAUGUGAUCACAGAGGAGGCUGCACGACUAGCGCUGCUCAGAAAGUUUAGUGCCAACUCUGGGGGAAACCUCCAGGAUGGAGAUUCAGAAGGCUCCCUGAGAAGCUACAGCACUGUUUCUACAGGAACAACAGACAGCCAUGUGGGUGGAGUCGUUCAUUUCCGCCAAGGAUCCCCUAGCAAGGCUGCCCGAAUCCCCCCGUUUAAUUACACCCCAAGCCCCAUGGCCAGCUGCCUGCAAGACACACAGAACCAAGCAGGCACAAUCAGCGAGAAGUCAGGGGAAAAAAGCGAGUCCUAGGACAUUCAGUGGACAUCAUGGACAACUCUACUGUGUUCCUAUAUGAACUCAGCACUCAGGUGGACAGAAUAGGAGUGUGCUGGUCCCUAUACCUCGGGUUUUGACCCUUUACUUUCCCCCUGAACUGCAUUUUUUGUUUUUCUCACUGAACAGUUGAUAAAAGCUUCCAUCUACCAUUCAUACAGGGUUGGAUGUAUGCAUUGAGGCAGGUCUGACAAGAGCAGACCUUCAAUAACUUUUAGAGGUGCACUUCAGAGGAACAGAAGAGCAUCAUUUUGUACUUUUUUUGUAUUUGUAGAAUAAUCAUUGCCUGGUUAAAAAAAAAGUAGUGAAAACAUCAAAGAAAAAACAGUUACCUUGAUUUCAGCACAUAAUUCACCGUUGGUCUCCUGGACAGAAUCGAUGUAAGAACAAUAUUAUGCAAACUUCUGAAGGAUUACUCAGCUGGACUUCUACCUGACCGGGUAGAAACUGUGGCGGACUGUUGACGGACUCUCACAGAGAACACAAAUACACUGACAUGAAUAGACUUUUCUUACAUACAUUGUGUCAAAUGCUUCAAGCUCUGUCUCACCAUUCAACUGAAUAUGAUACACUGUUAGCCUUGCCUGUUAAAUAAGAAGUCCAGUGUGGUUCGGGAUAUAAUUUUAAUUGAAAAAAAUGUCCUUAAAUUAAUAAUGCAAGCACCUAAAUUCCAUUUGUCCUCAAUUUUCUUAUUAUACCCAGUUCAAAGCUCAAAGACGACCAGUUUGUGAGCCAUAAAAGUUAACUUAAGGAGAAAAAGUCGGACUGAGUGAACUGAUGAACUAUUACCUACUGAUUUAAGGGUUUUGAGGGCUGGUAUUAUGGAUAAAAUCAAGGUGUUUAUACACAUUGACGCAAAAAAUGCUCUGUAAUCAUACUUAUGGAUUUGUAACAUUUUACACAAGACACAUUUUAUGAGGUUUUAAUUUGGGUACAAAGUAAGCCACAUUUUGCAGGUUGCUGAGACAUGCUCAUAUUAUUAGUUUGAGGGUAUCAUUUAUCAAUAAUUUUGGCCCCCGAAUCCCACCGGACUCCAGAACCUUCUAGAAAAUAUUAUAGCAACUAGUGUGAUUUCCCAAGCUAUCAGCUGACUCUGGUUAACCUCACUCUCUCCUGUAGUCUUUGUCUGGAUUAAUAUUGUAAAUAACAUGCUGAUAUACAAAAUCUCCAAAGCUUCCAGUGGGCAAAAGAGUCUCUGUGUUACUCCCUGACAGCAUGCUAGUAUAUUCACUGACUGCAUACAUACAUAUACACACAAACAUACACACACACACACACACCUGUGAACGCUGGAUAACAGUGUCGUUGUUAUACAGUGGUACAAUGCUUUCUACAGCCUGAAGAGAGCACUACUAGCCAUCUGUUUUCAAGUGCUGCAAAGACCUAUAAGCUCUGAACUGUCAGCGUAGAUGAUCAAAAACCUGUUAAUCAAACUCAGUGACAUUGUAUUUGUGUUGCUACUAGAUCCAGGCACUGUUUGCUGUCUAGAAACAAAAUAUCUGAUUCUGGUUGGAUUUUGGGUCUCUGGACGUGAGUCCUCACAGAAGUUAUCCUCUGAAAGUCCUCUUAACGUGUUAAUAUCUGCUUAACUGUGUUGCUGUAAAAGUAGUGAUAGGUCGAGAAGAAGUCAAAUAUAAAGACGAUGAAUAUUCUCUGUAGUGUACCAUCACUCCUUCAUGUGUGCCGGAGAUCAAUGACAGAGCAGUGCAGUGUGGAACCAAUAUAAAGGGGUUGUUUAUUCCUAAAGAUAAGGUUCUGUUUAAGUACUGCCACCCUGGUGUAUUUCCAAAGCAUGUUUGAGUACAAAUAAUGCCCAAGUAGCUUUUGAAUGCAGACCUCCCAUCGUGAGACAUGUCCGUGAUGUGCCACCAAAACCUACUGCUUCUUUUGAGUAAUGAACACACACAGACACGCACACAUUGUUAAUUUACUUGGAUAAGCGACAAAGAGAGUUUCAGCCUGUGAAAUAAAAAUACGUAAUAAUUUGAACACCUGUGGAUGUAGAGUUCAUAUGUAAAGAAUAGCUGUAAAAUAAUAGUUAACGUCUGGCACAGAUUUAGCCUAGUGGUUAAGUCAUGUGCCUCUACAGCACGCGGCUUGUGUUUGAUUCCAGCCGGCAGCCCCCAUUCCUGCAUGCCAUUCCCCAAAGAGUUAAAGUCUACAUGAAAUUUGUGUGCAUAGAUCAACAGCACUGUUAUACAAAUACUGAGUGAAUUGUUUGGUGGACAUUUAAAUAAAAGAAGGAAUCUGUUACGUGACACAUUUUUGUAACCUUACCUGUAAAUGGAAAGACUAAAAAACUGAUUUAUUUUAGUCUAUAAACAAAUGUAAUUUCUCUUUGUCCCUUACUGUAGCCGACACCUUUCAGCUUGAAGUCGGGUGUUCUAUACUCAAAAGGCAGAUUUUUGGUUGGAUAAUCACUAAACAGCCCCUAAAGGUAAAGUCAGGAUAAAAGAUGAAAAGGUGUGAAUGAUGCACGGGGAGUUUGGCUCCAUGUUUUAAAGCCAUUGGAAGGUCCUGGGAGUGUGUACGCCUUCACUGUCUGCGGCCUUGCUCACGAAAGUCUGGCUGGAGACUUCAGUUCAGUUCAGACUGAUGCAGAUCUACCUUCCGUCUGUAUUUUGCUGUCACUUCUUGUGAUUCACAUUAAAUAUGAAACUAUUCUAAAAAGUAAAUGAAUUCAACUUUCAGAGGUCUGAAUCAGUCAUCAAAUAAGAACAUGUGAUAAACCAUUGGAGUGAAGCAGAGAAGAACAUCCAAAGUUCUUAGAUGGUUUAGGUCCCAGCCUUUCAGGCGUGAUCACGGCCACAGAGGUGUGUGGCGUCAUGUGACAUAGGCGAAGCAACAGAGAGGCGUGUCAUUAUAAAUGUUUCAUCCAAUAAAAAGUGACGUGUUUCAUUAAA